AUGGAUCCAGCUGUGUCGAGCAACUCAGAACCUGAGAGGACGAUGCAACAACGAGAAACUACUGAGGCUCGGUCUGAAAAUGCAGAAAUUCAAUCACAAGAUGAUGGCGGGGACUACACGCCAUGCAGAAACAUGAUCCCCAUCAUGAUGGCACUCUGCGUCGCGUCGUUCCUUGCUAUUCUUGACAUCUCCUUCGUCACAACCGCCUUGCCGACAAUUUCUGGGCACUUCCAGGCUUCUCAAAUCAGCUACUCAUGGGUUGGUUCGUCUUACCUCGUAACCCAGUCCGCUUUGGCUCCGUUUUGGGGCAAGGUGAGCGACAUUUUUGGACGCAAGCCAAUUGUGUUACUGGCAACGUUCGUCUUUUUCAUUGGAAGCUUGGUUUGUGCCGUAGCAAAUAGCAUUGCCGUGCUUAUUGCUGGGCGUGCUAUUCAAGUCCAAGAACGCGGACUAUAUUUUGGUAUCCUCGGUGGGGUAUAUGCUAUCGCAAUAUCUUCCGGUCCUCUCAUAGGAGGAGCACUUGCGGAAAAUAUCGGCUGGAGAUGGUGCUUCUAUAUCAACCUACCGUUCCAGGGAAUCGCUUUUGCCCUCCUGGUCUUUUUCCUCCACGUUCACGAUCCCCGUACCGAAAUUAUCAAAGGCUUAAUGGCUGUUGAUUGGCUGGGAUCGAUUGCUAUUACAGGUUCGGUCCUUAUGCUUCUCCUGGGCCUCCAGUAUGGCGGUGAGGUAUAUUCUUGGAGCUCUGCCAUUGUCGUGUGUUUGAUACUUUUCGGCGUGUUGGUUUGUGUUAUCUUUGUUGGCAUCGAGUGGAAGCUGGCCCGUUACCCGGUGCUCCCUCUACGACUAUUCACGACUCGCCCUAUUAUCGCACUUUUCGUGGUGGAUCUCACGCACGGAUUCCUUUUGUACGGCACGGCCUACUUUGUCCCAUUCUACUUCCAGGUAGUUGUUGGAGCAACACCAAUUGACUCGGCGGUCUGGUCCCUUCCUCUCGCCAUUCCCCUGUCUUUCUUCACCAUCGGGACAGGUCUUUAUAUGCGGAAGACGGGAAAGUACUUGUACAUGAUCAUUGCAGGGAUGGCUGUCUCCACUCUGGGCACCGGUCUGUUGAUCGAUUUCGGUGCAGAAAUCAAUUGGCCAAAGAUCAUCAUCUAUCAACUGAUUAUCGCCGUCGGCCUGGGGCCCAACUUUCAGGCACCGACCAUUGCCCUGCAAGCAAGGUUUCCGCCCGCCGACGCGGGCGUCGCCGUCUCCGCGGCCAGUGCAAUCCGCGCACUCAGCGCCGCCUUCAGCAUCGUCCUGGGCGGCGUCAUUCUUGAAAAUCGACUCUCGGCACAAAGCGGUCGUCUCAUUGUUUCUGGAGUCAGCCCUACGAUGGCGGAAGCAAUUGCACGGAAUGGCGCAGCUGGAUCUGUGGACCUCGUUGCACAGCUCACUCCGCCCCAGCAGAACAUUUUCAGGUUGCUUGUAAAGGACAGUCUUGCUGAUAUGUGGAUCUUCUUCGUCGUUCUUUCCGGGAUUGGACUCAUUGCAUCUUUCCUCGUUGGAAGCGAGAAACUUUCCGAUGAGCAUGUUGAACACAAGACAGGUUUGGGAGUGGAAGAGGCAAAUCGAUUGGUGCAUGAAAAGCCGCGGGCCACUGAGCCAGAAAUCGCUGAGAUGACUUGA